CAAUAAUGAAGGUGGCUGCGGCGCGGCGGGAGGCUCAGCUGCGCCGGGCGGGGGCGGCGCCGGGGCCGCGCCUGUAGGACUCGGGGCCGGCGCCGCGGGAUGGGGACGCGGCGCGGGGAGUGAGGCGGUGGCGGCCGCAAGCGGAACUUCGGCCCGAGGGACUCGCCCGCUCCAGCCUGUGUCUGGUCGGCCUCCACCUGCAGCCCCGCGGCCCCCGCGCCCCGCGGGACCGGGACGGCGACGACGGGGGAAUGUGGCGCUGGGUCCGGCAGCAGCUGGGUUUUGACCCACCACAUCAGAGUGACACAAGAACCAUCUAUGUAGCCAACAGGUUUCCUCAGAAUGGCCUUUAUACACCUCAGAAAUUUAUAGAUAACCGGAUCAUUUCAUCAAAGUAUACUGUGUGGAAUUUUGUUCCAAAAAAUUUAUUUGAACAGUUCAGAAGAGUGGCAAACUUUUAUUUUCUUAUUAUAUUUUUGGUUCAGCUUAUGAUUGAUACACCUACAAGUCCAAUUACCAGUGGACUUCCAUUAUUCUUUGUGAUAACAGUAACUGCCAUAAAGCAGGGAUAUGAAGAUUGGUUACGGCAUAACUCAGAUAAUGAAGUAAAUGGAGCUCCUGUUUAUGUUGUUCGAAGUGGUGGCCUUGUAAAAACUAGAUCCAAAAACAUUCGGGUGGGUGAUAUUGUUCGAAUAGCCAAAGAUGAAAUUUUUCCUGCAGACUUGGUGCUUUUGUCCUCAGAUCGACUUGAUGGUUCCUGCCAUGUUACAACUGCUAGUUUGGAUGGAGAAACUAAUCUGAAGACACAUGUGGCAGUUCCAGAAACAGCAUUAUUACAAACAGUUGCCAAUUUGGACACUCUAGUAGCUGUAAUAGAAUGCCAGCAACCAGAAGCGGACUUAUACAGAUUCAUGGGACGAAUGAUCAUAACCCAGCAAAUGGAAGAAAUUGUAAGACCUCUGGGGCCAGAGAGUCUCCUGCUUCGUGGAGCCAGAUUAAAAAACACAAAAGAAAUUUUUGGUGUUGCUAUAUACACUGGAAUGGAAACUAAGAUGGCAUUAAAUUACAAGAGCAAAUCACAGAAACGAUCUGCAGUAGAAAAGUCAAUGAAUACCUUUUUAAUAAUUUAUCUAGUAAUUCUUAUAUCCGAAGCUGUCAUCAGUACUAUCUUGAAGUAUACAUGGCAAGCUGAAGAAAAAUGGGAUGAACCUUGGUAUAACCAAAAAACAGAACAUCAAAGAAAUAGCAGUAAGAUUCUGAGGUUUAUUUCGGACUUCCUUGCUUUUUUGGUUCUCUACAAUUUCAUCAUUCCAAUUUCAUUAUAUGUGACAGUUGAAAUGCAGAAAUUUCUUGGAUCAUUUUUUAUUGGCUGGGAUCUUGAUCUGUAUCAUGAAGAAUCAGAUCAGAAAGCUCAAGUCAAUACUUCUGAUCUGAAUGAAGAGCUUGGACAGGUAGAGUACCUGUUCACAGAUAAAACUGGUACAUUAACAGAAAAUGAGAUGCAGUUUCGGGAAUGUUCAAUUAAUGGCAUGAAAUACCAAGAAAUCAAUGGUAGACUUGUGCCUGAAGGACCAACACCAGACUCUUCAGAAGGAAACUUAUCUUAUCUUAGCAGUUUAUCCCAUCUUAACAACUUAUCCCAUCUUACAGCCAGUUCCUGUUUCAGAACCAGUCCUGAAAAUGAAACUGAACUAAUUAAAGAACAUGAUCUCUUCUUUAAAGCAGUCAGUCUUUGUCACACUGUACAGAUUAGCAGUGUUCAGACUGAAUGCAUUGGUGAUGGUCCCUGGCAGUCCAACCUGGCACCUUCACAGUUGGAGUACUAUGCAUCUUCACCAGAUGAAAAGGCUCUAGUAGAAGCUGCUGCAAGGAUUGGUAUUGUAUUUAUUGGCAAUUCUGAAGAAACUAUGGAAGUUAAAACACUUGGAAAACUGGAACGGUACAAACUACUUCAUAUUCUGGAAUUUGAUUCAGAUCGUAGGAGAAUGAGUGUAAUUGUUCAGGCACCUUCAGGUGAGAAGUUAUUAUUUGCUAAAGGAGCCGAGUCAUCAAUUCUCCCUAAAUGUAUAGGUGGAGAAAUAGAAAAAACCAGAAUUCAUGUAGAUGAAUUUGCUUUGAAAGGGCUAAGAACUCUGUGUAUAGCAUAUAGAAAAUUUACAUCAAAAGAGUAUGAAGAAAUAGAUAAACGCAUAUUUGAAGCCAGGACUGCCUUGCAGCAGCGGGAAGAUAAAUUAGCAAAUGUUUUCCAGUUCAUAGAGAAAGACCUGAUACUACUUGGAGCCACAGCAGUAGAAGACAGACUACAAGAUAAAGUUCGAGAAACUAUUGAAGCAUUGAGAAUGGCUGGUAUCAAAGUAUGGGUACUUACUGGAGAUAAACAUGAAACAGCUGUUAGUGUGAGUUUAUCAUGUGGCCAUUUUCAUAGAACCAUGAACAUCCUUGAACUUAUAAAUCAGAAAUCAGACAGCGAAUGUGCUGAACAACUAAGGCAGCUUGCCAGAAGAAUUACAGAGGAUCAUGUGAUUCAGCAUGGGCUGGUAGUGGAUGGGACCAGCCUGUCUCUUGCACUCAGGGAGCAUGAAAAACUAUUUAUGGAAGUUUGCAGAAAUUGUUCAGCUGUAUUAUGCUGUCGUAUGGCUCCACUGCAGAAAGCAAAAGUAAUAAGACUAAUAAAAAUAUCACCUGAGAAACCUAUAACAUUGGCUGUUGGUGAUGGUGCUAAUGACGUAAGCAUGAUACAAGAAGCCCAUGUUGGCAUAGGAAUCAUGGGUAAAGAAGGAAGACAGGCUGCAAGAAACAGUGACUAUGCAAUAGCCAGAUUUAAAUUCCUCUCCAAAUUGCUCUUUGUUCAUGGUCAUUUUUAUUAUAUUAGAAUAGCUACCCUUGUACAGUAUUUUUUUUAUAAGAAUGUGUGCUUUAUCACACCCCAGUUUUUAUAUCAGUUCUACUGUUUGUUUUCUCAACAAACAUUGUAUGACAGCGUGUACCUGACUUUAUACAAUAUUUGUUUUACUUCCCUACCUAUUCUGAUAUAUAGUCUUUUGGAACAGCAUAUAGACCCUCAUGUAUUACAAAAUAAGCCCACCCUCUAUCGAGACAUUAGUAAAAACCGCCUCUUAAGUAUUAAAACAUUCCUUUAUUGGACCAUCCUGGGUUUUAGUCAUGCCUUUAUUUUCUUUUUUGGAUCCUAUUUACUAAUAGGGAAAGAUACCUCUCUACUUGGAAAUGGCCAGAUGUUUGGAAAUUGGACAUUUGGCACCUUAGUCUUCACAGUCAUGGUGAUUACAGUCACAGUAAAGAUGGCUCUGGAAACUCAUUUUUGGACUUGGAUCAACCAUCUCGUUACCUGGGGAUCUAUUAUAUUUUAUUUCAUAUUUUCCUUGUUUUAUGGAGGGAUUCUCUGGCCAUUUUUGGGCUCCCAGAAUAUGUACUUUGUGUUUAUUCAGCUCCUGUCAAGUGGUUCUGCUUGGUUUGCCAUAAUCCUCAUGGUUGUUACAUGUCUGUUUCUUGAUGUUAUAAAGAAGGUAUUUGACCGACACCUCUAUCCUACAAGUACUGAAAAGGCACAGAUGUACUCCAACACAGUUGCUUUAAGUGACGAGUUCAUCGCACUGCAGCCAUUGUCGAGGGCAAGGAAUCAGCUGAGCAGACUUAGCUUACUGAAACAAAUGCAGGUAUCAAGUGCUUGGACUCCAUGUGCUGUUUCCCGGAAGGAGAAGCAGCGUGCGCAUCUAUUGGAAGAAUGCUGGAACGAGUCAUGGGAAGAUGUAGUCCGACCCACAUCAGCAGAUCAUGGAGUGCAUCGGAUCCUUUCUAUACCAACGACAGGAGCAUCUUGACUCUCUCCACAAUGGACUCAUCUACUUGUUAAAGGGGCAAUAGUACUUUGUGGGAGCCAUUUCACCUCCUUUCCCAAAAUUCAGUGUGAUCACUGUUAAUGGCCACACUAGCUCUGAAAUUAAUUUCUGAAAUCUUUAUAGGAGUUUAUACCCAGAGUUAUAAUGGCAAACAAACAGAAAGCUUUAAUACAAGCCCCUCCCAGCACCCUCAGUUUGAAUCUGAACAUGUUAAAAUUUGAGAAUAAAGAGAUAUUUUUCAUCUGUCUGGUUUGUCCCUUGUGCUUAUGGGACUCCUGAUGGCAUUUCAGUCUGUUGCUGAGGCCAUUAUAUUUUAUUAUAAAUGCAGAAAAAAAAGAUAAAUCUUAGUAAAGUGUAUUUUUUAGUAUUAGCUUGCUUAUUGACUCUUCUAUUUAAAUCUGCUUCAUAAAUUAUGCUGAAAGUUUGCCUUGAGAACUCUAUUUUUUUAUUAGAGUUAUAUUUGAAGCUUUUCCUGGGAAAAGUUAAUGUGAAUACUGAGGAAUUUUGGUCCCUCAGUGACCUGUGUUGUUAAUUCAUUAGUGUGUUCUAAGUUCACAGAGCAAAUGAGGAGAAUCAUUUCCAGCUGUUACUUACGGCAGUAUGGGGAGUAAAUUUCUACCAAUACCAAUUCCUCUAACUGUACUAUAACCCACAGCCUGUAAAGUUAGCCAUAUAAAUGCAAGGGUGUAUCAUAUAUACAAGUCAGGAAUCAGGUCCGUUCACCAAACUUCAAAUUGAUGUUUACUACCAUUUCUGUGACAGAAUAUGAAGACCCUAUAGUGGGUAAAUUAGAUACCAUUGGCAUAUUAUGAAUUUAAUAUCUAUCAUUGGAUCUUUUGCAUGCUUUAAUCUGGUUAUCAUAUUUAAAUUUGCUUUUUUUUCUCUUCACCUGAAGGCUCUGUGUAUAGUAUUUCAUGACAUCGUUGUAAAGUUUAUAUCAAUAAAAAGAUUGGACAGUAUUUAAAUAUUGCAAAUAUGUUUAAUUAUACAAAUCAGAAUAGUAUGAGUAAUUAAAUCUAUAAAAAGAAGAAGAGCCUCUUUCUGUGGCCAACUUAGAAUUGCUCUUCCUGUAAGCUAGAUUCUAGAAUAAAGGGUUUCAGUUAAUAAUCUUUUGAUUUUCAGGUUACUCUAUGUUAUCUUAAGUUAUAGGAAACUCCCACAAUAAAGUAAAUUCUGCCAGUGUCCCAGUGCAAGGCAUAUUUUCAGGUGUGGCUGUGGAAUGUAAAUUGUUAAAGUCUAAAAUGCUGGUAUCAGGUAACGGCAGCAAUAAAUUAAAAUGCUGAGAAUGAUUCAUCGGGUACAUGUUACCAUGUUACUGUAAUUAACUCAUUGCACUUCAGAACCAACUUCUAUCCCGAAUUGAUCAGGUAGGUUCAGUGUUGUCAUUUGUUUUUGUUUUAUUGAAAAGUAAUGUUGUCUUAAGAUUUAGAAGUCAUUAUUAGCUUAAGAACUAUUACCCAAGGCUGGGUGUGGUGGCUCAUGCCUGUAAUCCUAGCACUUUGGGAGGCUGAGGUGGGCGGAUCACCUGAGGUCAAGAGUUCGAGACCAGCCUGACCAAUAUUAUGAAACCCCAUCUGUACAAAAAUAAGCUGGGCAUGGUGGCAGGAGCCUAUAAUUCCAGUGACUCAGUUGGCUGAGAAAGGAGAAUUGCUUGAAUCUGGGUGGUGGAGGUUGCAGUGAGCUGAGAUCUCACAUUGCACUUCGGCCUGGAUGACAAAGCAAGACUUUGUCCCAGAAAAAAAAAACCGUUACCCAGCCCUAAGCAAAUAAUGGUUGUAUGCCUACUAAGAAAAUGGUUAAAUAAGAUUUUACUAAGUUUUCCCUUAAAAAUAUCAUUCCUUUAUGGAGAUUUAUUGUGCAGCCCUAAGCUUCCUUCCCUUUUUAUGAAUAUAAGACUUUUAGAAUUGGGCUGGCAGGGAACGUAUGGUAGAGACCAAAAUUAAGACUUUCUUUGUUUGCUAGUAAACUCUUUUCUUACUAAUGUAACAUUUGUUCAGUGAUGCAAGAAUAUUAAGUUAUUAAGCUAAAUAUUAAUUUUCAAAAAUAGUCUUUUAACUUAGGUAUUCCAUAGUUGGAUUUAGGAAGAUCUGUUAUUCUGGAAAUACUUUAAAAGAAUAAUACAACAUACAAUGUGUACAUUCACCAAUUCAUGUUCCAGAAAAGAACAUACUGCAGAUAUAUUCAGUAGAGUACGUUAGUGGAGGAUAAUAUGGAAAUUUGCUCAUAAAAUCUCAUAAAAUGUACACAUAGCAAGGUGAUAUCAAUAGGCCUGCGUUACAUCUACAUUACAGUGUUUAUUUGCCAUCAAAUAAACUGAGUAGUGCACUAGACAAAGACUCCAAAGUCAUAAAGUAGCCUGUGACCGACUGCAGCAAGACAAGAGGUCAGCUCACCUAAAAUGGUGCUUAAAGUGUGAUCGAUGUAAUUUUCUCUACUCACCAUUUGAAGUUAAGGAGAACUUUAUUUUUUAAAAAAAAAGAAAUGGCAUCCACUAUUGUGCUUAUCCUGAACUGUUACUCCAAAUCCAUUUCAUUUUUAAAGCAAAAUUACCUUGUAAUUUUAGGAGAGUUUUCUAUUUAAGAAAGUAACAAUGCAGUCUGCAAGCUCUCAGUAGUUUUCUACUGCUGUGUUCAUCUUGUAAAACUAUUACUACAAAGUAUCCCCUUUGCAUAUUUCUUUAAAAUUCUUUGGAAAUAUGAUGUUGAUAGUUAACUUACCCUUAUCUGCCAAAACCAGAGCAAAAUGCUAAAUAUGUUAUUGCUAAUCAGUGGUCUCAUAUCUGUUUGCCUCACUUGCUUGCCUUUGCCUCGUCCGAGGGCUGUAAGCCUGAAGAUAGUGGCAAGCACAAGUCAGUUUCCAAAAUUGCCCCUCAGCUGCUCUAAGUGACUCAGCACCCUGCCUCAGCUUUCACAGGCAUAGGCUCACCCUGGGUGAAGCAAAGUGUGGGCCGGGGAGAACUACAGCUACAAAGAUCUGCUGUCAAGUUGAGAAAAAGGGAGAAUUUAUGGUCUGAAUUUUCUGCCUUCCUUGGGUGUAAAGCUCAUGAUAUACAAAAGCUUCCAGACCUGACCCACACCCAGGCACUAUCCUGAACAGGAGACUUAACAGAGGCAAAUCAACCUUAGGAAAUGCCUGCAUUCAGCCCUAUUAUUAUUAGUCCCAGGACUGAGGUCAUUUCUACUGCAAAAGAUGGUGAGAUUGAACUUACCUGAUAGCUUGAGACUCCUGAUAGGCAGGAGUCAAGGCCACUAGAAGAUUGACAAGAGCCAAAAGUUUUAAAAAUAUGCUACUCUGAAAAUCUCAUGGAGGCUGUAGGAAAAGGGAAAAUCUUCCAUGUUGCUGUUUUUCCCAUAAAGAUCAGUUUGGGGUAUGAUAUAAGCAGGUAUUAAUAAAAAUAAUACACCAAAGAGUUAUGGUAAAAUAUGUUUUAUUUUGAUCCCCACUUAUAGACAUUUUACUUCUAUUUUGAAAUGAGUUACCUAUUUUCACAAAAGUAAAACAUUAUUAAAGUGCUGUUUUAUGUGAAAUAACUUGAAUGAUGUUCCUAUAAAAAACAGACCAUACUAACGACAUGUUUGUAAUAAUGGUGAUUGUUAGAUUUUCAUGAGGAAUGAGUAUCUAGAAAUACUGUAGCAAUACUUAAAUUUGGACCUGAGACACUGUGGCUGUCUAAUCCUCUAAAAAUUAUCUGCAUUGCCAGUAAAUAUGGUAUACUUAUUGUACAGCUCUCAGCAAUUUUUUAAAGUUUAUGAAGUUAUAUUUAUCAAAUAAAAAUUUUCCUAUAUAAUUAAAA